UGUUGUUCUCCUUCCUUCCUUCCUUGUGGCUGAGUCUGUCUGCGGAGGGCCAUGGCCGAGGAGGAGGCUCCGGGUCUGGCGGCGGAGGAGGGUACCUCCUCGGCCUCUUCCUCCUUCGGGGUCCAGCUGCUGCUGGAGCUGCUGAGCUCCCCGCUGAACCUGAGCCUUCUGGGCCUCUGCCUCUUCCUGCUCUACCAGAUCUUGCGAAGCGGGGACCGAGGAGGAGGAGGCCGGGGCUCCGAGGAGGACGAGGAGCCGCCCCCGCCGCCCAAGCUCAAGCGCCGGGACUUCACUCUCCAGCAGCUGCGGCCCUUCGACGGACGCCAGGAGCACCGCAUCCUGAUGGCCAUCAACGGCAAGGUCUUCGACGUCUCCCGCGGAAGGAAGUUCUACGGACCAGAUGGCCCUUAUGGGAUAUUUGCUGGAAGAGAUGCCUCCAGAGGCCUUGCUACCUUCUGCCUGGAUAAAGGCUUGAAGGAUGAAUAUGAUGACCUUUCUGAUCUUGACGCCCCAAGAGAGACGCUGAAUGACUGGGAGCAGCAGUUCACAUUUAAAUACCACUAUGUAGGCAAACUGUUGAAGGAUGGAGAAGAGCCCACAGUAUAUUCCGAUGAAGAAGAAACAAAAGAUGCUAAAGAUCGCAAGAAUGAUUAGCCAACACGGGGAAGAACAGUCUGGAGAUUGAUGGUUUGUUUUAGUUUUAAAAUAAAUUAAAGGACAUUUUCUUUGUCACAUUCCAGUUCGACUGUACCAGUUUGAACCUCAGCCCUAUUUUUAGGAAUGGUACAACUUGCUGUCAAUUAAACACAUUUUAAUCAGUAUUCUCAAGUGAACCUUGUCAAUCAGUGCUGAAGUUUCUUAAAUCAAAGCGGUGUGAUCCAAUUGGCAUUGCAUCGGGAACACCAAAACUGCAAUUCUCUGGCAGAGAGAGAUGAAGUCUCCCAGGCGCUGAUGCUAUGGAAUUUCAAAUUUCUUGAGGGAGUUUCACAAAGAGUAUGCACUUAUGUUCCACUGAAGAUGCCCUGCUGUGAUGGUUAGUAGCCACCAAACAGCAGGUAUGUAACUGGGUUCGGUUUGUGCCCCAAACAUACAAACAGCACACAUACAUAGUAUUCAGGGUGAACAGAUGGUGAGCAAACAGCUUUCUUGCAUUUUCUUUGCCUAUAAUUUCCAUUCCAUAAUAACAUUGUUGUUGUUUUUUUUAAAUGACCUGUGUACCAACAUUUUCCAUCAUAACCCAUGGUACUCAUGGGAAUUACGCCUCUUGCAAGUAACUGCUUUUGGAAUCUGCAUGGUUUAUGUUGAAUCACAUCAUUGUAAAUAGUUUGAUGAAGGGACUACAUGGUUAAAACUGAAGCAUAAUUUUUAAAGCCGGUUUUAUAUAGACAUUAGAAUCCAACUUUACAAAAAGAAAGUGAACAUUAGUUUCAAAUAACUUUCUGCUUAAAAAAAAGUUGAUUAUCUUGCUGUUGUUCAGAGAGGUUUAAUUUAAGCAGCCUGCUUCAUUUACCUUUAGCAAAGGUCUUCAGUGCUGAUUAUAUAAAUGGAUAAUCACGGAUAAGUUGAAACAGCCAAAACACCCAAUCUGUGUGUACUUUGAAGUCCCAGUGAGUUCAGUGCUCUUAAAUACUUGGCUCAAGUAUCGGUUGGUUUCCAGCCAAUUUGAUAAUGCCAGCCCUUACAACACUCUCUCCCAACCUGGCACCCUCCGAAUAUGUUGGCAUAAAAGACCCACAACCCUCAGACAACAUGGUCAUGCUACCCGAGAAAAUGGAAAGCAAAGUCCAGCACAUCCAGAAGGUGCUAAAUUGCAGAAAGCUGAUAGUUUCUAGGCUACUAGUUCCUCUAAAGCUGCAGAAAUUAUCCAGUUUGACACUGCUUUAACUGCCAUGGUUCAUUGUUAUGGGAUCCCAGGAUUUGUAGUUUGUUGUGCCAUCAGAGCUGUCUGACAAAGAAGGUGCAAUGUUUCACAGAACUACUGUUUCCAGAAAUCCAUAGCAUUGAGCCAUAGCAGUUAAAGUGGUGUCAAACUGGAUUAUGUCUGUAGUGUGGAUUCAGCCUUAGAGGAGAUGUGGGAAUGCAGUUUUGGGCUUGUUGAUAGUCUAAAACCUGAUGUACAUGAGAACAAAAAAGAGUGAUGGGAAACAUGCAGCCCUCCAGACGUAGUUGGACUGCAGCCCCUAGUAGCCCUAGUUAGCAUAGCCAAUGGUGAUGUUGCCAUUCCACAUCUGGAGAGCCCUGCGCCCAAUCCCUCCUUAGAAGGAAUAUAAUACGGCGAUUGUACUAAAUCAAGGCUAAAGCCCUUAUACGGCGUUGCAUUAAAAUUGCCCAGAUCAAAUAGGAUCAGUAUGGAUGGGCUUUUUGAGUCUUCCCAAUAUAGUCUUUACACUUGAUCUUAGCCAAAAGGCCGAGAAGUCUUUAACAAACAGCAUAGCAAGCCUAGAGAAAAAAUGGAGCCAAAAGCUGGUGUCAAACUAAUUUAGGCAGGAGAAAGUGUAUGGGACUUGUUUGAUAUGGGGAACCAGUUAUACAGAACCUGCUAUGCUGGGGUCUGUUGUUUAUGCAUGGUUCAAAACCCAGGCUGUGGAGCCUAAAUUGUUCUUAAGAACAAUUAGUUCCUCAGAAGCUCAGCAAUGUACCAGUUCCAAGAAAUGUUAAUGGAGACUUACAUUACAAAAUGGCUCAUUCAGCAUUACACACAAUACAGCUGUUGGCUGUGCUUUGGGCACAGACAGUGCACCAUGUGAACACAUGGUCUGCUCUAAAAGCCUUUGCAUCGUGCAAGGAACAAAUGAACUUGGAGAGGGUUCUUGCAAAAUAUAUAUAGCAUGAUUAAAUAAGCAUUGGUUUAGGGAAUCCAAACAAUAGAGGUAGAAGCAUUAGGUUUAUUUUUAUUUUUGGAGAUUGUUUCUGCUCUUUUUCCCCAUCUUUUACAUUCUUUACCCAAAGCAAUAAGAACUGUAUUGCAAAUGGAGUUGAGGAUCUGUUUCCUGCUCUCACCUCUUCAAUGUAAGAUUUUGUUAUAUAAAUUUUUGCUUAUUGGUAAUCACUAGGCCUUAAAGACAGGUAGUUGGCUGAAGAGUUUUGACCUACCUCUGGGAAGUUUUAAGCUACUUGUUAGUAAGCUAAGUAUUCUUCUGUGUUGCUGUAGCUUUCCAUUGUUGAGAAGAAAAAGUAACUGUUGCAAACUUAGCUUUGGAUGUCAUUUCACUUCAAGAAUAAGAAGUGUGUAUUUGGUUUGUUCUUAAAAAAAUAAAAUCUUCCUAGAAAUGUG